UAGAUAGAUAGAGAGAGAGACAGACAGACAGACAGACAGACAGAGAGAUAGAUAGAUAGAUAGAUAGAUAGAUAGACAGACAGACAGAGAGAUAGAUAGAUAGAUAGACACAGACAGACAGACAGACAGUCAGACAGACAGACAGACAGACAGACAGAUAGAUAGAUAGAUAGAUAGAUAGAUAGAUAGAUAGAUAGAUAGAUAGAUAGAUAGAUAAACAGACAGACAGACAGAUGAUAGAUAGAUAAAUAGAUAGACACAGACAGACAGACAGACAGUCAGACAGACAGACAGACAGACAGAGAGAUAGAUAGAUAGAUAGACAGACAGACAUGAUAGAUAGAUAGACAGACAGAGAGAUAGAUAGAUAGAUAGAUAGAUAGACAGACAGACAGACAGACAGAGAGAUAGAUAGAUAGAUAGAUAGAGAGAGAGACAGACAGACAGACAGACAGACAGAGAGAUAGAUAGAUAGAUAGAUAGAUAGAUAGACAGACAGACAGAGAGAUAGAUAGAUAGAUAGAUAGACACAGACAGACAGACAGACAGACAGUCAGACAGACAGACAGACAGACAGACAGAUAGAUAGAUAGAUAGAUAGAUAGAUAGAUAGAUAGAUAGGCAGGCAGGCAGAUAGAUAGAUAGGUAGACAGACAGACAGACAGACAGACAGACACAGAGAUAGAUAGACAGACAGACAGACAGACAGACAUUUCACAAUAACAGAGCACAACACAAAACUCACUUACCCCAAUGACCUGGAAUGGCUCGUUCACCAAAAGUCUGUUCAUGCAAGAGCACUUUUUAUAACCUCAUUACUGUGGGGAAAAACACUUGUACAUUUUUUUUGCAUUCAUAGAACUUGUUUUACAAUUGUUUUCACAUCCAAAACAUUGCAGUGUGACUUGCACAGUUGUCCAAACUCCGAAUGAAGUUCCAACACUUGACCGUGAGUGUAAGUUGUCAGCCGUGGGUUAAAAGAUUACAAAUGAAAUGGGGCCAAUUGCAGAGGUGCAUAACCUCCACUAGAGGGCACUAUACAAUAGAAUGGGCCCCUACUGAAGAGUUUAUUGGAACUUAAAUUCUCAUAAUUGCUUUAGACACUGUUGUUUAUUAAAUGCCUGUUAAUUAACAUAAUUAUUUAUACUAUGUAACAGCAAUUACAUGACACGGCACUAUUAAUUCCAUACAUCAAGUUAAAUUAUUUCAAGUGUGUGCAUGUGUGAGAGAAAGUUUUGAAAGAUUUAUUCAGAUUAACAAACCUCCCCAGUCUUUCAUAAUACCUCUUUGUUGCUGGAAAAGAGAUUAACAGGUCAAGUGACCGGAGGUGAGGGCGUCUCCUAUACUCGUCCACUCAAUACUUCCUUGUUAGCUUUUGUGGUGAAGACCAUCAACUGCCGUCACAUCAUGCGUUGUAAGUACGGUUAUUUUCUCUAAUGGAUACAUUGCUUCAGGCAUGGGUCAUUCUGGUUAUGCAGUACCUUUUGUACACUUUAGUUGUAAUUUAAGGAAGUAUUUGUAUAAAAGGGUACACCAGACUUUCAGAAAUGUGCUAAGGUCAAACUUUAUUAAUUAUAAUUGACUAUUUAUACAAUACAUUGCACACUUUUCAAGCAAACCAUUUCAAAGAAAGUAGUUUGUUAGGUUUGAACUCCUAAAACAAUAGAUUUUGUGAUGAAAAUAAAGAUGUGCAGUAUUGUGACAAUGUUUGCAUGAACUACUUUACACCUGUGUGAACUUGAGGGAAACUGACUUUAUACAUCAACUAAAAAUAACUGUCACAUCAGUUUAUUAAAAGUCAUUAAGCAACAAUGGCUCAGAAAAGUGAAGUUAAUUCUAAGAAAAACUCAAACAGCAUUUGUUUGCACAUUGGUUUGUUAUUUUAUCAUUUUAUGCAAUGACAUUCAGACAUUUUUAAGUGUGGCUUAAGUGUCCAACUCCUUUUCAGGGCCAGUGUACAGUAUAUGAUGGGCUCAUUACAAUAUGCAGCAUAGCUGGAAUGACCCAAAUAUAGGAAACAGGAGAAGCAGUGGCACUUUAUGAUUGAAUUAUUUAACUUGUUCUAAAAUGAUUUGAAGUUAUAUGUUGGAUUUACUGUGUUUUUUCUCUCUCAUUGUCCAUGCAUCCCCUAUACAUUGGCUUGUUGCAAUCAGCUUAUAGGCAUUUCGUGCAAACUAACAUCAAAAUAGCAUGCAGAAUGUAAUUCAGCCAGCGCUAAGUGUGCAUGUCUGUCUGGCGUGUUUGUGGGUUGUUGGGUUGCUUUUAGUUCAGCUUAUUAUCUAAGAAUCAAAGAUAAAGGGAAAUAACAGCUGAAUCAGUAGAAACAUCAGCGAUUGAAGGGCUGUGAAUGCUCCUUCUGACCAGAGUGGGCAGCGAUGACGGUGACGUAUUCACUGCAGGUGGCAGAUGCACGCCUGGGCACCUUCUAUCGCCUUCUUCUGCGGUGGAAGGGAAGUAUCUAUAAACUGUUAUAUCGAGAGCUGCUCAUCUUUACUACGCUGUAUUGCACUAUCAGUGUUACAUACAGGUGUCUACUGGAUGAAGGACAGCGUAGGAUGUUUGAAAAGCUGUCCAUGUACUGUGAUCAGUACGCUCAACUAAUUCCUGUUUCAUUCGUACUGGGUUUCUACGUGACUCUUGUGGUCUCUCGUUGGUGGGGUCAGUUCGAGAGCGUCCCAUGGCCGGAUCGCCUGGCAGCGUUGAUUAGUGGACACGUGCGAGGCACUGAUGAAGGUGCCAGACUGUUUCGCAGGAGCCUGGUGCGCUACGCCAACCUAUCCGGCAUCCUCAUCUACCGAUCGGUCAGCACUGCUGUCUACAAGAGGUUCCCGACCAUGGGCCACCUCGUUCAGGCAGGUCUGAUGACCGCUGAGGAACUGAGGCAGUUAGAGGAACUGCCCUCCCCACAUAAUAAGUUUUGGGUUCCUUGCAUGUGGUUUGUUAGUCUCGCCAUGAGAGCGCGAUCAGAGGGACGAAUUAAUAAUGACGUCGCUAUGACGGCCAUCCUUAACGAGUUGAAUACAUUGCGCUCUCAGUGUAUGAGGCUGUACGGUUAUGACUGGAUUAGUCUGCCUCUCGUUUACACACAGGUGGUAACUGUGGCUGUGUACAGCUUCUUUUUGGCUUGUCUGAUUGGUCGGCAGUUUCUUGACCCAACCCAAGGUUAUCCAGGUCACAGCCUUGACUUCUACCUGCCGGUCUUCACCUUACUGCAAUUCUUCUUCUAUGUUGGAUGGCUCAAGGUGGCUGAGCAGCUCAUUAACCCAUUUGGCGAGGAUGAUGACGACUUUGAGACAAACUGGUUGGUGGACCGUAAUUUACAGGUGUCUCUACUGUCAGUGGAUGAGAUGUAUGAUCUGGUUCCUCUGGUUGAAAGAGAUAAAUACUGGAAUGAAUCUGAACCACAGCCGCCGUACACAGCUGCUAGUGCAGAACAUCGCAAACCAUCAUACAUGGGGUCUGCUCUGGACAUCAGUGUUACCAAAGAGGAAAUGGAAUUCCAGCACAAUCUGGAGCAGAUUAAGGAACAUGAAGAGGCCAACCAUUCCACUCCUUUCCUGGGCAGCUUGAGUCGCCUACUAGGCGUCCAGUCCCCUAGUUUCCACCGCUCAACUCCCUCGUCCCGAGUCUCCCUCCUGCGGCGUCGCCCUCGAGCUCCUUUCUCUCGUUUUCCCCUUUACCUCCACCCUGAAAGCUCUCCAAUGCCCAACCAUGCCCGGAAUGCUACAGAACAUGACAUGGCAGAGGAUGCCUUCUCCUCCAUGCCUCUAUAUGAAAGACCUGGAUUUUACAGCUGUCCUCAAACACCUAUCCACUGCGUACCACCGCCCAUUCCACACCCAAGACCUCGAAGAGCGCAGGGAGACUGUGUAAACAGUUCUGGCUCUCUGGCACAAACUCUUGUGGGGUCACAAGUCCUGGCUCCACCAGAUACGCCUGGGAAUCUGCCGCCACCUGCUUCAUCCGCCUUCCCUUGGGUGGGCGAAGACAGUGAACAUUCGGUGGUUCCCACUUUCUCCUUCCCUGACCCCGUGCCUGAGUUGAGCAUGUUACCCAAAGUACGGCCAAGUCAAGGGCUGUUGUCGCGCUGUCCCCUACCUCUGCGACUCUCUCUGGACACGUCGCCAUCUGGAGAGGGGCAGUCGGCACCCCCAAGUGCCCGGAUUGUUGGGGCACCAGGGGAGAGGGUGUUUUCGUUUACCCCUCCAUUUUGGCCACAAUCUCAGAUGAACACCGCCAGUUCAGGGAGUGUAAAUGCGGCCACAACGACAAACAGUACAAACAACAUCAACAGUACGGGAAACCUGUGCAACGGUACUGCAAAUAACCCCUGGCCAAUCAACAGAAGCAACACAGCAAAAACAGCCAAUUCUGUCAAUACAAGUCCCCCCGCGACUCGGCAGACAGCCAAUCAGCACAACUCUCCCAAUGACUCUGGGAUCUCAUUGGCUGACGGGGAACUGUUGGGUAGGGGGCAAAAUGCUGCCGUGAAAAUUAGCUCUGAGUGAGGUGGACCUCCUGUGAUCCACAGAGGAAUUUUAUGUCCCAGACUUCUAUGUGAUUGGUCAGCCAAUGGUUGUUGGUCAUAAUAGAGCACAACAGUCUGGUUCCAUAAGUAAAUUCCCAUUAAGUGUUCCCACAGGUGAACUGAUUUUUAACGAUAACUUAUACACCUUUAAAGACAGACCUACCCUGAGCUCUGAGGUUGUUAAUCAAUGGUAUAUGCCUCAACUGAAGCCAUCAGUUCGCGUCAUUUCAACUCCAUUGAUAGCAGAAUAUGUGGUUAAUACCUACAUUACCCUUGAUCCUGCUGAGAAAGAUCCUCCAUUUAGAGAAUCACAGCCAACAAAGUGCACCAAAAGAGCUCUGCAGCAACCGCCCAUUCCCAUGACACACUGUAAAUGACGCAAUCAAGUCGCUCUCCCUACACUUUUAAACGACUUAUAUAUUUGUAUAUAUCUGUAUAUUUUGCAAUAAACUUGAAAUAGAUUUCUAUAGUUAUAAUCAGAAACUUCAAAUCAAUAGUUUUAUAUUUUUCUAUUGUUUUUAAUUUGAUUACAUCAUUCCAAAUGUUUCAUGGGAUUGUAGUUCAUUCCCUUAUUAAAGAUGUUAAGUACCAAGUCUUCUACCUUUGAUUUUUGUCUGAUAUUGCGCUCGAUGGCCAUUCCUACUGUUAGAUGCUCUCCCAUUGUUUAUAUGCAUUGCUGCUCAUUUGCAUAAAGUUAAACUAUUCUCAACUUUGCAAUGGUAACCGUUGCGGACACUCAUGCUGCUUACAGUACUUGCAUCGAAAAUGAAUGAUUCCUUGUGGCUUUUUUGUUGCAAAUUGCUGUCAGUGUGGAUGUACAUUACACGCUUCACCUUUAAAGAAAACUUCUGAUUUGGACAAAGACGUUUAUUAAGCGUGAUCUGUAAUUCUUCCGUCUUAACUUACACACUUCCCAAACAGUCACUGGUGCACAACAAACUUCUCAAACAUAAUGCAUCAUGGGAUUUCAACAGAAUUAAACUGUUUUGUACCAACCUGCGGCUUUCACGUCAAGUCUGUUGACUGAUUCCUAAUUCUCAGAAUGAGGUGAGAAGUUCUCAGAAAAGAAUCUGUGUUCAUUUUUGGGUUGACUUUGUUGUUGUAAAUUUAAAGACAGCUUGCAAAACUUACAUGCAAAACACUUAUGCUAUACUCAGAAUGGAAUACUAGUGUACUGCAUACUAUUAUGCAGUAUGGUAAGAUAAACAUUUCAAGUAUAGUGCUAUAUUGUUGUCACAUGACCUGAUUACGUUAUGUGUUAAAUUCAGCAAGCAGUGUGUAAAACUGCAUUUGUGUAAAACUGUCUUAGCUUUUAGCAAUGCAAUUAAAGAUUGAGCCAAGGAAAAAGGAGUAAGUCAUCCGGAAAUAUUUGUUUGCAGUGUAGAGCAGUGCAUUCUGGUCUAGCUUUUGCUUUUGCUGGCACACUUUCACUUAAUCAGUAUACAGUAUGACCUUCAGGAUUUAUGUAUGUAUAAUAAAUGAUGCAUGUCUGUCUCAGAUUUCUCG